CUUUCUGGGGAAGUGGGAGGAUCCGAGAAGGAGAAGCAAAGGAGUGAAUUGUUUGGGAACUCAGUCAUCCAAAAAACGGCCUUUCAAUUUGAGAGCUUGGAGAGCCCAACAAAAUAUCUUUGGUGUCGUAGUAAUGACUAAAGAGGUAACGCCUAAGAGUUAAAAUAAAACCGACUCCUUGGAUUUAAGUUCAUAGAAAGAGGAAAUUUGCACGGCAUUAGUGGGAAAAACACUACGGUACAACUUUAGGUUUGGGUGCUGCUUGGAUCAUGUCCUGGUACAUGAUGUCAGGGUGGAGUAUCUGGGAGCAUAGGGUGGGAACGUGGCUGCUCUGUGUGUUCCUGCACUACUUGCAGUGUGUUGCCACUGCCAUUGAUGAUAUUCCAGUUUUUUUUGAGGAGCCCGUCUCUGUGGUACAGAAGUUGGGUGGCAGUGUGACUCUGCGCUGUAGUGCCCACCCUCCCUCUGCUAAGAUAAGCUGGAGGCUGAAUGGGCAAGAUCUUGGCGAGCGUGAAGAGAAGUUGGGUGUGCUGGUACAGCCAGGUAUCUUGCUCAUCCCCAACCUCACCAACCUCGCACUCGGCCGGUACCAGUGCAUAGCCAGCACCAGCGCUGGAGUGUGUGCCAGCCUGCCUGCUACUGUGACAGCAGCCAAACUACGGGAUUUUGAGAUGGAUGAUCAGCAGGAGAUUGAAGUGGAUGAGGGGAAUACAGCAGUGAUCCAGUGCCACCUGCCUGAAAGCCAGCCUAAAGCACAGGUUCGCUACAGUGUCAAACAGGAGUGGCUGGAGACAUCCAAAGGAAACUACCUCAUCAUGCCCUCAGGAAAUCUGCAGAUUAUAAAUGCCACCCAGGAAGAUGAGGGCACCUACAAGUGUGCCGCCUACAACCCUGUCACUCAGGAGGUUAAAACAUCUGCCUCUACUGACCGGCUGCGCAUACGCCGCUCCACCUCUGAGGCAGCACGGAUCGUCUACCCCCCUGAAUCACGCACCAUCAUGGUAACCAAGGGUCAGCGGCUCGUUCUGGAGUGCGUUGCUAGCGGGAUCCCGCCCCCACAGGUCACAUGGGCCAAGGAUGGGCUGGACCUGCGUUACCAUAACAACACUCGUUUCCUGCUCAGCAACCUGCUGAUUGACAUGGCAAGCGAGGGUGACUCAGGAACAUACACCUGCUGCGCAGAUAAUGGUGUGGGGGCACCAAACUCUGCUUAUGUCCUGUAUGAAGUGCAGGUGUUUGAGCCCCCACAGGUGAGCAUGGAACUGCAGCAGCAGUCGGCGUGGUGGGGGGAGAGUGUGCACUUCAGCUGCCAGGUGCAGGGCAAGCCAGCCCCGUCUGUAGUGUGGCUGCACAAUGCGCAGCCCCUGAGCCCACUGCCGCGUUACCGCAUAUCUCCCCGUGUGCUGCGCGUGCUUAGUGUGGGCCCACAGGACCAGGGUCUGUACCAGUGUAUGGCCCACAAUGCUGUGGGCAGUGCCCAGGCCACUGCACACCUAGUCACUCUCCCUACAGCAAAGCUCCCAUCUCCAGACAUAAAGCAGCCCCUCAGCCCUGAUAAGGUUCUGCAGGAGUGGGCCCCAAAGCCUGUGGACACCGGUGCAGAGCUACCCCAGAACUGCUCCGGGAUUUCUGGGGAGAUCUCCCCUGCUGAGGCCCCUGUCAUCCUCAGCCAGCCACGCACAGUAAAGGCAGACUUCUAUGAGCUCACAUGGAAACCCAGACACGAUGGGGGCUCACCAGUACAGGAAUAUGUCAUCAAAUACCGAAAGGCAGCAGACCCCUCAGAAGACUGGAAAGUCAGAAGCAUCUCAGGCUUGCUUCAUACCCUGACCCUCACUAAACUGGAGCCUGCCAGUCUCUAUGAGGUGGAGAUGGCUGCCAAGAACUGCGCAGGACUGGGCCAACCUGCCAUGGUCACCUUCCGAACCGGAAAAGGGCGGAGGAUGCAAGGAGGACCGAAUGAGCCUCCUAAAACUCCACCUGUGGAAUCCCCACGCCUGUCUCCCCCUGAAGCUCCAGACCGCCCCACCAUCUCCAUGGCUACAGAGACCUCUGCAUAUGUGACUUGGAUCCCAAGGGGCAACAGAGGGUUCCCAAUCCAGUCCUUCCGUGUGGAAAUGAGACGCUUGGGGAAGGGGGGUGGAGAAUGGAGCAUUGCUGUUGCAAACAUACCCCCCUCCCGCCUGUCUGUAGAGAUCACUGGCCUGGAGAAAGGAACAUCAUAUAAGUUUCGGGUGCGAGCAGUGAAUGUUUUGGGGGAGAGCCCCCCUAGUGCCCCUUCUAAGGCAUACACUGUGGUGGGUAGUGGCCAUCCAAACCCAGAACGGCCUGUCAAUGGCCCCUACAUCACCUACAACGAAGCUAUCAACGAGACGACUGUAAUCCUGAAGUGGACGUACACACCUGUCAAUAACAACACACCCAUCUACGGUUUCUACAUCUUUUACCGGCCCACUGACAGUGAUAACGACAGUGACUACAAGAAGGACGUGGUGGAGGGUGACCGUUACUGGCAUUCUAUCACUGACCUGCAACCUGAGACGGCGUACGACAUCAAGAUGCAGUGCUUUAACGAGGGUGGGGAAAGCGAGUUUGGGAAUGUGGUCAUCCUGGAGACCAAAGCUAGAAGAAACCCACGUCCUUCGCCCCCUGAGACUGCCUCGCUAGCACCAGUACCCCCGGGUGGCCCAGUGCCACGUCCCAGUGACCUACCCUACCUGAUUGUGGGUGUGGUCCUCGGGGCCAUUGUCUUCGUCAUUGUGGCUUUCAUCCCCUUCUGCCUGUGGCGGGCCUGGGCCAAACAGAAGCAAACAGCGAUCCUGUGCUUCCCAGUUGUGGCAGCUCCUGUUUCGGCCUGCCAGUACACCAUGGUUCCCCUACAGGGUCUGCCUGAGCCUCAUACAGAGCACCCCCCCAACAGCAAACACCAUGCAUACUGCCAGCCCCACAUCCCCCAGGAGGAACGUGAGAUGGAAUGCGAUUCGUCGCCCCCUCAAACGGCUGUGUCAGAUAGAAUCUCGGGGCUCUAUGGCUACAGCAGCACACCUGAGAAUCAGGGUGAGAACUUCUGCCAGCCUGAUGACUCCACACAGCAGCUCCUCCCAGUCUCAGACCAGUCAAAGUGCUGUGGGGACCCAGCAGAUGUUGACCCAUGUAUCCGUAUACCUAUAGCUGGGGAGGGCAGUGUCAUCGCAGAUUCUCUCUGUGGUGGCCUUUUACCUCCAGUGAACGAAGGUCAACAUUCCAAUAUCGUGUCACUUUUGGAAGACCCCUCCCACGAUGCACUGCAGCAAGAAUUACACAGCUUUCAAAUGGAUGCACAGCUGCAGCAGAGAGAGACUGGACACUGAUGGAUAAGACUCACAAAGGACCUGAAAAUAUUUAUUUUUGUAUAACACACAUAUUUAUAUAUUUAUGCUUUUGUAAGUAGACCUAUGUGUGUUCUGUGAUACUGUAUAUUAGGGGUAUCUAUGUUUGUUUUUCAAAUUUGUUAAAUGGAACAAAUAGGCUCCAUUACCAGAACGAGGACAAAGGGAAUAUUUCUAAUGUCUUAAGUCAUGCUAUGUAUUCAGUUGUAUCCAUCAAUCAAGGCUUAGAACAAUAUGUAUAUAUCCUGCUAGGGAUUAUAUCAGGUUAUAGGAAGUGGACUCUGGAUACCAGAGUUCCUGCUGUGUAUUGAAUUCUAUGGAGCAUGUGUGGUGCAUGUGCUUGUUCAACAUGUCUGCAGAGCUCACAGUGGCCAUGGCUACUCCCAAACCUGUCCAAGUUAGACAGAUUCACACGCAACCUUUCACUUUUGCUGGGUAGUGUUACAUCAUGGGUAGCGUUUAAUUAUUGGUGCAUGAGUAAGGCCUUGCUUUUGUAUAGACAUUAAGAGGGGUACAUUAUCUGAUACAUUUGGCUGUCAUUAACAAAUAUUAAAAAUGUAAGUUAAAAGCAUGCUGCCUUAAAGUAGACAGAGAAAAUAUAUUUGUAUAGAUAUUUAUUCUUUUGAGCCUAUCUGAAUUUAUCUAAGUGGAAACUGGAAGCCUGGUAUGACGAAAGAAGAAAAAAAAUAUCCAGUUCUCCUGUACUCAUGCUGACAGUGAAUUGUGAAAGAGAUUAGUCGUUUGUGUAUUUUAUUUCUCCACCCCCCCCCCACUUAGGUGGAAAAAUGAAGGUCAUGGUUAAAGGGCCUAGCACACUUACAAAUGUAACUAAUUUACCACCAACAUAUGUUUCAUGUAAAUAAAGCUUAAGAAAGUU